UCAUUUGACCCCACUCUCCCCUAAAGCUUUUAUAGAAUCGACUACAUGUUUAAAUGGCUUGCCAUAGAGAGUAACUGUUGCACGCUGACUGACUCAAAUGUUGAUGGAGAGUUCAGAUCUUCUGCUUCACUUCAUUCACGGCAGGAGAGGAGAGAUGCGAGGAAAAACCUCGAGUUUCUUCACCCAGCAGCAGUUGUUCGCCUAUUUCUCCUUCAGCCUGGAAAAUAAAUCAGCAGAAACACACUCGGAAUCAUGCGCGGUAAUGAGUGUGAAGGGGAGCUGAAUGGCUGAAUAACCUGAAUCGCGGAUGAAGAUGAACUUUGGCUCAGCUGUGGUCGCCGCGGGUCUCUGCGGGCUGAUGAGUUUCAUCCUGCUCGCCGUGUCCAUCGCCACUGAAUACUGGUACAUUAUAGAUGUGGAUGAAGGCAAGAACUCCAGCCUGGAGUAUAGCAGCUCUCACUCCGGGCUCUGGAGGAUUUACGAAGGACCCAAUGGCAGUUAUCAUGACAUCUCCUUCUACACGGACACAUCGCAGCACACCGAACAGGAGAAACACCUUUUGGACCUGCACAGGGUGAUCGUGGUGCUGCUGCCGCUCAGCCUGGUGCUGCUGGUGUUUGGAGGGAUCUUUGCUCUGGUGGCGUCUUUGACUCAGAGCUGCUCUCUCCUCAUUUGCAUCUCUGUGUACUUCCUCAUCUGCAGUGAGUGCCAUUCACACACACAUACACAUGCAUUUGUUUAUUUUUUUGUGAUUUUUCGGGACAUUUCAUAAGUGUAAUGGUUUUUGUACUGUACAAACUGUAUUUUGCAUCUAACGCUACUCUUACAGGAAAAGUGCGUGCGCUUUUAGUUUCUAAAAAUGCAUAUUCUGAAUGAUCUAUGAGCAUUUUGAAAAGUGGGGACAUGGGCAAUGUGUUUAUAAGUCACAUUCUUUUUGUAAUAUCUGUGGCAUACCCACACCAUUCAGAACACACACACUCACAUAUUGUGUUGAGGAGCCUGAAUGCAUUCAUGGUAUUCAAUCUAAUUCCUGUUUGAGUUUAGGAGGAACAAUAUGAAUAAAACAUAAA